AUGUUUACAGACACUAGUUUCGAUGUAACACAUUUGGAAAAAAGAUUCGAUGCAUUGUAUGAUGAUUUAAAAAUUAUAAUUACAGACCAUCAAACUGUUAUAAGAAAAUUAAAAGAAUACUGUACGAUAUUUCGGCCAGUAGCUCUUUUUCAAAUAUUCAUAACGUCAAGUUCACACAUAGUUAUUUGGUUUGUUGCUGCGAUGAGUUUUGGUGAAAAUGACUUAGGAGAUUCUACAACCACAUUUAAAUUAUUUACUGUACAUCCUCUUAUUAGUUUUCAACUAUUCAUGACGUGUUGGUUAUAUGGAUCUAUAAAUGAAAAAAAAGAUUCCAUCAUUUUCGCAUUAUAUAGUAGUAAUUGGACUGCAGUGGACAUAAAAUGUAAGAAGUUGAUUUUAUUGGCAAUGAAAAUAAAUAAUGCCAAUCAUUUAAAACUGAAGUUUACAAACACCAAAAUUGUGAAUUUGGAAAUGUUUACACAGACGAUGCGAUUUUGCUAUACCAUAUUUUCGAUGCUAGUUAAGUAUAAUUAUAAUAAAACAACAAAUUAGAAUUGUAGUAACGUUUUAUGAAGAAUAUUUUUUUCGA